AUGGCCACUCUUGAUACCGUCAACAACCUUGGUCUUCUCUACAAGGAUCAGAGAAAGCUAGUGGAGGCAGAGGAGAUGUUCCAGCGCGCACUAGCGGGCUAUGAGAAGGCCCUGGGUGCGGAUCAUACGUCCACUGUCACUAUAGUCAACAAUCUUGGUCAUGUCUACUCUGAUCAGGGGAAGCUAAAGGAGGCAGAGGAGAUGUUCCAUCGCGCACUGGUAGGCUUUAAGAAGGCCCGAGGUGCAGAUCAUACUUUUACUCUUGAAACGGUCAAUAACCUUGGUCUUCUCUAUAAGGAUCAAGGAAAGCUGAAAGAGUCAGAGGAGAUGUUCCUGCGCGCACUAGUAGGCAAGGAGGAGGCCCUCGGUCCUGAUCAUACGUCCACUCUCAAUACAGUCAACAACCUUGGGGGUCUGUACUCCGAUCAAGGAAGGCUGAAAGAGGCAGAGGAGAUGUUCCUGCGCGCACUGGUAGGCAAGCAGGAGGCCCUCGGUCCCGAUCAUACGUCCACUCUCACUACGGUUAACAACCUCGGUGUUCUCUCUAAGGAUCAGGGGAAGCUAGAAGAGGCGGAGGAGAUGUAUCAGCGAGCACUGGCAGGCUAUGAGAAGGCCCUGGGUGCGGAUCAUACGUCCACUCUCACUACGGUCAACAACCUUGGUCUGGUCUACAAAAAACAGAGGAAGCUAAAGGCGGCCAAGGAGAUGUACCAGCGAGCACUAGAGGGUUAUGAGAAGGCCCUAGGUUCACGUCACAAUAGGACCCGGCAGGUUAUAGAGAGAUUAAAUAGGCUAGGAACCGUGGAUGCAAAAUAG